CUCCAAGGUUAUGGUUGCCAUGUCAACAAUGUUGCGUAAAUCCAACUAUCAGGUGUCAGGUUCUGGUUUCCUGGGUAUGUAAAUGAGAUUGAGUUUGCAUUUGUGUGUGUGUGUGUGUGUGUGUGUGAGAGGAUGUCUGAGGUAGCAGAUUUUAGCCUCUGUGUGUCUGUUUCUGUUGUAACAUCCCAUAUCUACUAUAACACGACUCUAAUGGACAAUAAUAUAAAUUGUAAAAACAGUUUCUCCAAAUUAUUCAGUCAGAAUUGCGUGAGCGACACAUGAAAUUAUUUCAGUGUUAAGAGAUUGCAGAACGUGCAAACUGAUUUACUCUGUAUGCGUAAACUUGCACAUGUCCAUUGAUCAGCUAGCGUGAGACAGUGGAGAGGAGACGGCCAUCAGUUUCACCCAGGACGGUUUAUUCCUUCUGAUCCGUUCCAAUCUGAAGCUCUGCCGGUUCCUAAAACGAUGCCGAGACUCGGAGUGUGAGCGGAUUGGAUGCUUUCUGGCCAACAGGAACUUGCAGAAAUGUUCAUACGCAGGUCUGCCAGCAGCUUCAUGAUCCAUCUUUGACCAGAAUGCAGUGAGGGGGGCCCUGCUCUUUUCUCUCAUUGUGGUUUAACCCAUGCUGUGAUGUCACAGUAAUGGCAUCUGUAGUGGCCAAUAGGGGUCGAGGAAACCAGGCGCUGGUCCCGAAGGGCGUCGACCCUGAAACAUGCAUGAUCGUGUUCAAGAACCAUUGGGCUCAGGUGGUUAAGAUCCUGGAGAAACAUGACCCUUUACGCAGCAGUGGAGGUCUCAGCCUCGGGGUCGGAGUUCACACUUUCAGAGCUCAUGGUCUCCGUCACGCGACAAUCCCACUGGAUGAGGCGAGCGCGGUGCAGAACUACGUAGAGCACAUGCUGUUCCUCCUGAUGGAGGAGGAGAGCGGAGUGGGCGGAGCCAUGGGCCCCAUCUUGGAGUUCGUCAUUAUGGAGAACGUGAUGGAGCGCCUGUUCGUGUGGAGCCUGAGGCGAGAUUUCACCGACCAAUCAAAGCUCGAGCAGCUCAAGAUGUACGAGAUGCUGAUUGGUCAGGCCAAGCAGCCGCUUUUACAUCACAAGCCGAUUCUGAAGCCGCUGAUGAUGCUGCUCUCGUCCUGCUCGGGAACAGCGACGGGUCAAACGGCAACAGGUGUUCCUACUUCCUCCAUGGUGGAGCAUGAACUCGUUCUUCUCCUCCAUCAGCUGUGCUGUGUUGUGUCCAGCGAUCCCUCCAUCCUCGAGCUGUUCUUCCACUCCAGUGAGGAUCAGGGAGCUGCUAACUUCCUGCUCUUUUCCCUCCUUGUUCCCUUCAUCCACAGAGAUGGAGCGAUGGGACAGCAGGCAAGAGACGCCCUGCUCCUAAUCAUGACCCUGAGCAACGACAACCAGCGCGUGGCCACACACAUCGCACACAACACCUUCUUCUGUCCGGUGUUAGCCACAGGUCUGAGUGGUCUGUACUCGUCUCUGCCUGCUAAGCUGGAGGUGUCCAGUGAAGACUGGCACUGCAUACAGAAGGAUGAGUGGCAGCAGGUGCCUGCACUCGUUCACUUCCUAAACUCACUCGAGUUCUGUAACGCCGUCAUGCAGGUGGCUCAUCCGUCCAUCAGAGAUCAGCUGGUUGGCUACAUCAUCAACGGCUUUCUCAUUCCUGUUUUAGGACCUGCGCUGCAUAAACUGACACUAGAGGAAGUGAUGACCACCACAGCGUAUCUGGAUCUGUUCCUAAGGGCUGUCACUGAACCUGCACUGCUACACACCUUCCUUAGCUUCAUCCUCCUCCAUCGCCAUGACAACGUGCACAUCCUGGACACGCUCGUCAGCCGUAUCAACACGCCCUUCCAGUUGGGCACUGUGUCUCUCGCUCUCUUCCGCACUCUGAUUGGGCUGUACUGUGAGGACGUCAUGCUUCAGCUCAUACUCAAGUAUCUGAUCCCAUGUAACCACAUGAUGCUGAGUCAGCGACGUGUCCUGAACGAGAGAGAUUGCUACUCCGUUUCUGCGGCUAAAUUUCUUGCCCUCACUCCAUCCUGCUGCUCUCCAGACAUCAUCGCUCCACCAAUCCGACAGCUCGACUCCAUCACGUGGUCUAAGGUGACUGAUGGAGCCCAAUCGGGAACUAUGGAAACGGAGGCGUGUUCUUCAGAGCAGGACGAUUCCGGUCACUCGUGUGUGAUCGGCUCAGAGAUUCACCUGGACGUCAGUUACCUGCAUUACCUGUACGACGCACGUAACGGCAUCAGCAGCUGCAUGCGUGCGUGCCGCGUCUGGUCCGCCCCCUACGACGGAGUGACCCCGCCUCCCGAGGACAAAUCUCGCCCUCGUGUGACCUCACGGGCUCUUACUGAAGUCACUUCCUCCUCUGGUGUUGAACUCGAGUGGGACGACAGUUAUGACGCCGGUGCUGCACGAGCGCAGCGGGAAGAGGAAGAAGAAGAAAACAGAGCCGUCGCUGGCGUCCCAGACGAACCGCCGCAACACAUCCAGGAACUCCGAAAGACAGCCACUCUGCUCGUCAAUGGCUCCUACGUGGAAGAGUCGGAAUUUCAGAACGACGUCAUAGUGUACGAUCUGGUGGCGCAGAAGGACGCCAACGAGUCCGCUGAUAGAAAGCGAAUCAUUUCCAGUCCCGUCACGGAUGAGGCAGGUGGAGAAAAGCCAGAAGAUUCUUAUGCAAAAUCAGAAAUCCAAAACGGCUCUGUGCAACCAGAUGUGGAAAAACAAAAUGGCUUCCAGAUUGGAGCAGAUCAGAGCUCGCACGACCUUCACGCUGAAAAAGACGACGACUUGGCGAAACAGUACGAGGAGCUGAUCCGCACUCUGGUUGUCGAAGUGAAAAGUCCGACAAGGACGCAACAAGAGUUGAGGAAUUCGAUCAUGGAAGAAGAGGACGACGUGGACUUCAGUUCAUUUUCAGCCGAGACACCAGAAACGGAGAAACCCCCCUCACCAUUUAGGACUAAACCUCACAGCGGGAGCGUGAAUAAUGCCAUGCCUUUCACGGGCCCGUUUGUGAGCGUGCUGCUCUCUCGACUUGAGAACAUGCUGGAGAACUCUCUGCAUGUGAAUCUUCUGUUGACGGGAAUCAUCGCACAGCUCGCUGCUUAUCCACAGCCACUGCUGCGCUCCUUCCUGCUAAACACCAACAUGGUGUUCCAGCCCAGUGUUCGCUCGCUGUACCAGGUCUUAGCCUCGGUGAAGAAUCAGAUCGAGCAGCUGGCAGCAAGGCAGAAGGAUUUUCCUGAACUUCUCCUGGCAGCACAGCAGUGUCUCCUGGCCAGAGAGAGUUCACUCAUAGUGCAAGAUUCGCAGAGUGCUGGAAAGAACGUGAAGAAUCGAUCCAUCCAACCCAAGAUUGUGGUCCCCCCGAGCAGGACGGAGGUUUACGCCACCGUCGUCUUCACCGAGUUCCUUAAAGAACUGGCUGCCAUCACACAGGAGCACUCCAUCCUCUCGUAUAUGCCCAUGGAGGAGUAGAGCUGAAUUUACAAACACUCUCACCAAUACGAAGCAGAUAUCUCUUAAUCCCGACUCCCAGAGAUGGUGUCGAGCUCAGCAUUUCUCCAUUCCUUCUGCUGAAAGAUGAGUAAGGAUGCUUCUUACAUUCUCCCUCCUCUCCCAUUGGAGGAAUAGAGCUAGGUUAAUUCUGUCAUCUCAACAUUUCUCUAUUUAUUAAACGCCCAAGUUACAUGAUGACAAAAUCAACUUUUUAAAACACUUCCACAACCUUUUUUUUUCAUUUCCAGAUUUAUUUUGUUUACUCCAGCUCUGAGUACUACAGUUAAUUUCCUGAUAUUUAAAUAAAUCACAAAAGACCUCUAAAAUCAUUGGCUCAUGCUUGUGAGCUUUUUUUUUUAACAUACUUUAGAUUACAGAUCAUCUCUUUUUAUUAUUUUGAAGAUUAGAACUACUAGACAAGAAAGGUCUCCAUCUUCUUUCACCUCUUCUUUCACCUAGAGUUGCAUUUACUCAACACUCAAAUUUUUUUUUAAAUGUCCGUCUCUGGAGACUUGCUAGACGAAGACACAGCUACAGUCCUGGAUUUAUUUCCCUUUGGAGAAGCAGAGCUGCAUGUUUUCUCCAUCAACCUGCCAUCUUGCCAUGGUGAACUCCACUAGAUGCAGAACUGUAAUUCUUAAAUCCGUCUCUGGGGAACCCUCAUGCUCUCAGGAGGAAAUCAAUGCCUAUUAAAUCAUUUCUCAUCUUCCAGUGAGGGAGCCGAGCUCCGUUUUUUUUUUUUUUUUUACUCUUUAAUCUUAUGAUUUCAUAACAUGUAGAUGGAUAUACCUCUUACUUGAAUAAUGGAUUUAUGUCCUCCAUCAUCUCCAAAAAAGCAUUUGAGAUGCUUAUUUUUCCACUUUUCUGUGCUACUCGAUGAAAAAAUCUCUUUUUACAGCUUUAAAGAGUUCAUCCGUUAAAUAAUUUUUCCCAAAAGCCUUAGUGGUGUGCAGGAAUGUUAUAUUUUCUGUGGCGCUUUGUGUCAUAACGUUGCCUCUACAAGAUCACCAGCAUGUAAAAAAUGACAUGUAAAAAAUGUGCAAUAUGACUACAGCGAUGAGAAGAUGCACAUCGACAGCUGUGAUCGCACCGUUAAUUAUCUACAUCCAUCUAAUGUUCCUCAGCCACUCAGAAGAUCAGGUUCGAGUCUGUAAAGUCUGUGCCUUGUGUACAAGUUCAAUACUUCAAUUUAUUAAUCAAGAGGGAUGUAUAAUAACAGCAACAAUAUGAAUAUGGUAGUUUUUAUUUUAGGAAAGAAUAAAAAAAUGGUGUAACAUAUUCGUUAUAACUGUUAGAGAGUUUAUUUUUAGUGGGCGUGGGUAUUUAAACAUUUUUGUAGGUAUUUUAUUGCCAUUUUUUUCACGUCUCUUUAGCUGUGAACACGCAGACCUGUGCAUAUAACAAUAAUUUAAUAAUAUGAUCAUAAUAUAUUUUUCAUCGUAUUUUUCCAAAAAAAAAAAAAAAAAAAGCCCCCGUGUUUAAUAAUACAAAUCGCUUUGUUAAAUGAAGGUUAUUUUUGUUAAUUUGGUAGGUAAAAUGGUGCAAUUUGAUGUAAAUAAACAAAAAUAAGAAGUCAACAUUUAUUUAAGGAAUAUUUAUAAAGUAAAAUACAAAUAAGUGGAUUCACCAUUUUGGAUAAAAUAAUAAAAAAAUUUGAAAAUAUUGUGAUGUAUCAUAUAUCCUUUAAUCAGGACAUGUCAUGGUGUGGAAACUGAUGCUAAUUAAUACUGACAUUUUAUUUUAUCCAUGAUAGAAAUAUAAUAGAAGUGCAGAAAUGUGAUAUUUAGUAGAGAGAUAAACGUGCUAAUUUUCAUGAUGAGGUCCUAAAUAAUAAAAAUAAUUUUUUAAAAAAGCAAGUGCUCUUUACUUUUAUUUAAUAUUCUUAGCUUGCGCUUGGAUUGUGUAGUGUACUACAGAGACUGUAGGAAGAAUUCAAAUCUUGAAAUGACCCAGAAUGCUAAUCAUGAAUGGAACCAUGGGGUUAGUUAGCAUUAUACACACGCAGUCAUGCUAACAACACAAGCCACCUCAUGACUUUGCAAGUGUUUAGGGAACUGAAAUCAGCACUGCUUAUGUUGCUCUGCAUGAUGAUUAAUGCUAACUGACCUCUAUUACACCACUUUUAUUAUCAGCAUCUGGUGUGAGCUAAUCAUAAAUGGACCCGUGCUCAGUUAUAAUUACACAAAUGUAGCCGUGCUAACAACAGGAGCUGUCUUAUAUUUUAAAAAAUGUUAAUCAUGCUAGUUGUUGGGGGAAAUUUGUGUUAACAUUAUCAGCAUUCAUAUAUCAAUGCACUCAUUUCUGCACAAUGAUUAGCAUUUGAUUGGGAGAGCGUUCUUCUGUUAUAUGCUAGCAAUCAAGCCGUACUCCAGCCGUCAGUGUAAUGUCGUCAGAAUGAAACACAUGCUGGCAUGCUAACUUCACCCAAUGCUAGUCACGCUAGUACUUGGGGAACAGAAAUCACAGCAGCUUGUGCUGAUUGUGUUGAAGUACAUGCCACUCAUGAUUAGCGUUUUGAUUUGUGAUUUGCUACAUGCUAGCAAACGAAUGAAUCAAGUCUAAUAGGAGUGAAUGAGUGAGUUAGUUAGUUAGUUAGUUAGUUAGUAUUAUACUAACUGCUUAGCAUGAGCUUAUUUAGCUAUGACUGCACAUUUCUGGAUGAUAUGUGCCUUUAAUACUGUUUGUAUUUCUAAUUUUCUUUAAUUUACAGUAUCACAGAGGUGUAGUUUUAUUCCAAAGAUAUUUCUAUGGGUUUUUAAAAAAUAUCAGGUAUAUUUUUAAAAGACGGUUCUGUGGAUUAUGCUUCAGCUCUGCAGAAAUAAAUUAUUUUCCCCAAAUGAUCCUCGCUUGUCGCAGUGUUUCAUUAGUGGAAAGGACUCUCUCUGUGUGUGUGUGUGUGUGUGUGUGUGUGUGAGAGAAACUUGUAAAAUAAAUGUCUCAUCCUUGCAUAUUUCUCUUGCGUGGAUUUAUAAUUUGAAUUCUUGUAUAAUGUCAAAUUUUAUGAUUGUUAAACACAACUUCUUAAUUUUUUUCAAUUUAUUUCCCCCCCCAUUUUUAUUUAUUUAUUUAUUUUAACAAUAUUUCUCUGAUAAACUUAAUUGUUAGGUUAGAUUUGAUCUUUUUCUUCCGGUGAAAGACAAUAACGUGUUCGACGGGUGUUUGUAUUGUGACAACUAAAUUGAUUAAAUGGUUCAUGUAGCUGCAAAUACAUUUAAUAUCAGUAGCAUGAUUAUACGCAAACCAUUUAUAAACAAGUACAGAUCAAUUUUUAUUACAUCCUAUAUCACAUAUCAGAGUGUAGGCUAGAUAGAGAAAUAUAAUCUACUAUAGAACACUUCUGAAGUGUUUGCGGCAUUAUAUGGUAUGAUCUUAUAGUGCCACCUUAAGUUUAGAAAUGAUGAUGAUUAUUAUUAUAGUUAUUAUUAUUAAAUUAUGCUAGUAGGCCAUGCUGAAUGAAUUUGUUCAUGGUGUAAUCCUGUAAGUAGGCCACUAGACAGCACUGUGUAAUUUAGUGUGAUCAUACUGUGUAUUCUCUAGCAAGUGGAAAAAUCAGCAUCAUCAUGUCACCUUGUAGCUGUGCAAUCACUGAGUUUAGCCCAUAUGUUGCUCUGCUCAAAGUUUUAGCCCCCCUCUGCUUCCAGAUGCCCAGAAAUUUUUUAUCUAAAACAAAAUGCAAAGUUAGCAUGUAGAGCUGGUGUUUCAGCUGCCAGGCUUUCACUGCAUGCAUCUUGGAUUUUGAAAUGUCAUUUAGAGCCCUACACUUCAGCACUCUAGUUCACCUCAUCUAAUUCUCAUUCCCUUCAUAACAUUAUGAAUGCUGUGCAGUUACAGGUGCACUAAGUGCUUAAUUAUAAGGCAUUAAGAGCCUGUAAAGACCAGGAGCUAAUCACGGUGACAAGUGUGACACAAAAAUAAGGAUAAAAAAAGACAAACAGGUGCAUCACUUUAUCUUUAUUUAAAUAUCAAUACACUCAUUUCCACAUGACCUCAUUAAAGCCAUUUACAAAAUAAUAGAUUUAUCCUGACAGAGAUUCAGCAGGAGCAUGAAAUUAAACAACUAUGAACAUGUAGAUAAUAUGCAUAAAUGCUGUUGACUUGUGGAGUAUCUGCUAAUUGCUAGAUGCAGGUAA